AUGUCCGCUGCUCACGGCGCAGCCGAUGUGAUGGACGCUUCACCAACACCACCAUCGAAUUCGGCUUCUCCUUCUCCUCUCGCUACACUACCGGAAGAGCUGCUCACGAAUGUCUCCUGCAAACUGGGCUCCGAUGACCUUUUUGCGCUGCGUCAGACUUGUCGGUCCAUCGAGGCUAAGACGUUCCACGACUUCGCCACGGAGUAUUUCUCUGCCAAGGGCUUCAUGUUCACCACCGAGUCGCUCAAGGUGCUCAUCAACAUCGCCAAACACCCCAAACUAAAGGAAUCCCUCAAAGAAGUGUGGUUCAUCACGGCCUACUUCCCUCGAGGGGCGCUGCACUGCGGCAUGGGAAAGUGCUGCCACUGGCAACCGACCGUGCGUCAGCGCGAAGCCUUCAACUUCUACGUCGCAGAUCAGGAGCGUCUUCAAAUCCAGGGCGACGAUAGGCGUCUCAUCACCGUCGCGCUCACUCUCCUUCCUGCUAUGCGCAGACUAAGCAUCGUCGAUCACACCUCUGCCAUUCCAGCUCGCGCCGAGUGUCGAGGCUUGCAGAAGGUUUCGCGCACGACGAACAACCAAGCAUCCUUCCACCCAUCCAGCAAAGACGCAGCAGUCCUCACGGAAUACUACGAAUGGCUCUCGCACAUCUUCCGGACGGUGAUGUUGUCCGUUGCUGACAGUGGUCAGUCGACGAUCACCAAGCUAGAAACACGAUUUCAUCACAUCACUCACGGUUUGUCGCCCAGCGUCGACCUCAGCUUCAAGAGGGAUGAAUCGAGAAGUCUGUCAGCUGCGCUUGCCAACCUGACGAAGUUGCGCCUCCAAUACCGUACCAAUCUCUACCGGAAGGGCAAAGCCGACGAUCAGAAUGAGCGUGACUUGGCGAUGAAGACCAUGAGAUCGUUCUCCUCCAUUGUUCGCAAUACAACCAAUGUCAGACUCACAUCGGAUGAUGGUAAGAUUUCUGGACUUCUGGCUCGAGCGAUGACGAGCAAGAUGGAACUGGAGAACAUCACCCGAUUCUCCAUGGAAUCGAUUGCCAUCUCCGACACCGGCAUACUGAAGGCAAUGCUCCUGAAGAUGCUUGCUGUCGAGAAGCUCACAUUUUACUUUGUCAAUAUCAAGUCGAGCGCAGGCUGGGCUCCAGUCCUGCAAAUCUUGCCCCAACUGCCCGCUCUCAACCACCUUCACCUGAUGUACUUGCAAGACAAUGGACGGAAAGUGUAUCUGAUUGAGCAACCGGAUGAUGAUGAGCUCGAUAAUUGGGGUCAUGAAGCGGCGGCAGAAGAUGAGGACGAGUGGAUAGCCGACGAGUCUUCUGAUGAUGAUGAUGAUCUCCCCGACUUGAUUGAUGCUGAUGAGUCCGUGGAUGAGAACAGUGACGAGGACGUUCUCGAUGUUGAAGAGAAGCCGGCCGAGCCAACCAUUCCGAAGGUGAUCGUACCUCCCUGCAAGCACGCCGGAAAGAAGGAUUACACCCUCGAAGGUCGGGAAGCGGCCCCAGAGCGCGGCUAUUGGGUUUGCCUCAACACGCGCGAAGCCAUCUUGGCGGAGCUCCCACGAUUCAUCAAGGAUAUCAAUAUCGGAGAGCCUGCAGCCGCUUUCAUCGAUGACAUGGCCAUGUUCGGCAACGCCGUGUUCGGUCCUCCUCCGGGCGCCGCACAACCAGGCAUGAUUACCGUGGGUGCCGGAGCAUUUGGCCUUGCUCUUGGCGCUGGACCUCCUCCCGCGAUGGGACCACCAGGUAUGGGCGUGCCUCCAGCAACGGCUAUGCAGGCUAUCGCACAGCUCAGCGCCGCGCUCGGUGUUGCCCCACCUCCGUUCGGGCCUCCUGCUGCAGCUCCUCCUCCACCGGCGGCAGCAGCAGCUCCGACGACGACCGGCACCAACGCCGCCAAUCCAGCUUCCGCGCCUGCUGCACCGACUGCGCCAACGACUGCUGCGUCCGCGGCUCCCCCUCCUCCUCCAACCAACGGAUGGAGCGACUGGGGUUUCCACGACGAUGAUAUCGAAUGA